AUGGUGAGAUCAAAGGAGCUGUCUAAGGCCUUCAGAAAGAUUUUAGACGCUUAUGAAUCUGUGCUGAGCCCUUGCUCUAUUGCUGCAGUUUCCACAAGAAGGUGCCACUCCAUCUACAAGGGCUUUGCUCAGUGUCUCAUGGCUCUGGGUGACAGCCUGACGGACAGCGCACGCAAGGAUGAAGACACUCAUGAGAUACACUCCAUCUGCAGGUCAUGGGAUGAGUUUCAUGACUGUGCCAACGUGGCGAUGGCUGGUUGUCCAGAGGAAGCUGCAACCGUCUGGGAGUCUCUUCGUCAAGAAUCCAAGAAGAUGCAGUUUUCAGGAAACCUCUAUGACAUGUGCUCCAACCGCAACAGUCACACGUUAACCUCAAUGCCCCCGCGAGGCUCCCACAUCAAAGGAGAGCUUAACCAAGAGUCUCUAAGAGGGCGAGUCGGUCGUUUUGCAACCUCAUACUAUAUUAUCAUGCUCCUGUCUCCUCUGUGGCUCCUGUUUUGA